AUGGCACGGAACUUGUAUGGUCCUGGAGUCCGGAUGGGCAACUGGAACGAAGACGUCUUCCUGGAGGAGGAGCGCAUGAGAGACUUCCUAGAGAAGAGGGAGAAGGGAGAACUUCUUAUACAGAGAAACAGAAGGCUGAAAAAGAUCCUCUUGAGACCGAUGGAGCUUUCAAUAUCCCAAGAUGGGUUUGUCCACUACGGCGAUAAGGUGAUCCUUGUGAACCCUGACCACGCCCCGGGGGAGGAGGCUGGCGUGUUUCUGGAAGGAGACAUGUGCCUGUGCAUGAGCCCAGAUGAAGUGAAAGCCCAGCUAUGCAAUGAGUUGGAAAUGCCCUGUGGCGUGAGCGCUGUGCAGACCACCGUCCCGACGGGCAGGAACACCUUCACCAUUUUGAGUGCUGGCACAGACAGGAGCGCUGUGGGCCAAGUCCUUAGAUACGGGCAGAGCUUCUGCCUCGGGAUAGCUGCAGGCCUGGAAUGCAAGAUGCUCUAUUUAUUCAGUGACCACAGGACCCUUAUGAAGUCCUCUAAGAAGUCCUGGCUCCAGGAGGUGACUCUGACAGAUGAGAACUCCCAUCUGAACUGCUGGCAGGCUACCUUCCUCGACCCCCAGCUGCGCCUGGAAUAUGAAGGCUUCCCAGUCAGGGCAAAUGAAAAACUUAUCCUCUAUCAUCGCCACACAAACCGAGCCUUGGCCGCCCAUCGGCAUCUCCCCAUAAGGACCUAUUUUGGGAAGGAAGUUGAGGUUGCAGCUCACACACAUCUGGAUUCACACAGAGUUGAAAAACCCAAGAACCACUGGAAGCUGGUUACUGGGAAUCCCAGAAACAAGGCGACCACAAUGCUGGACCUCCCCAAACCUCCCACAGAUGACACCCGUGCUGUGGAGCAGGCCAUGGGCAUCAGCCCAUAG